UAAACUAGCUGGGGCUUUGGGGAACAGAGCUCCAGAACACAGAAGACUUGCUCAGAAAUUUGAAGAUGAACCUUAUUCCACUGUCAGCCCUUUUAGCAUUUUUCUAUAGCUUUGCACUAUGUAAACCUGUCCAGGUAGCCACAAGAAAUAAUGAAAUGGAGAGCGAUACAACUCUGCAUGAGGGUGACAUUGUCUUGAGAAGGAAACGCAGUGCCAUAAACUGUGACAGCAGCUGCUUCUGGCCCAAGUCCCGUGAUGGGCUAGUUAACGUCCCAGUUAAUAUUUCUACAGAGUUUUCUGUGGAAGAGAGGACUUGGAUUGCUGAAGCAAUGCAGGAGUUCACAACCCUGACUUGUGUCCAGUUUAUAAAUCGCACAACAGAAACCAACUACAUAAGCGUUGUACCUGGGGAGAGCUGCUGGUCUCACUUUGGAAAGAUUGGAGGUAUGCAGAAGGUGGGCCUGAUGAAAACCGGUUGCAUGAGUAAAGGAGCAAUUCAACAUGAAAUGAACCAUGCGCUGGGUUUUUUACAUGAACAGGCCCGGAGUGACCGGGACAACUAUGUUAAGAUCAUGUGGGAAUACGUUAUGGCAGGGGAACAAGGGAACUUUAGGAAAGUGAAUUCCAAUAACCUGGGUCUUCCCUACGACUAUUCCUCAGUGAUGCACUAUGGCUUAUAUGACUUCUCUAACACCUCUGGGAAAGCAACUAUUGUACCGAUUCCUGAUCCCUCUGUACCCAUCGGACAGAGAGAGGGACUGAGUAAUCUUGACGUGGCUAAAAUCAACAAGCUCUAUAGCUGCAAUUGCUGUAGCAAUGUGCUGCAUAAACCUAGUGACACCUUCUCUUCUGUCAAUUACCCAUCCUUAUAUCCAGACAACAGCAACUGUCUGUGGCUCAUUCGCAUCCCACAGCAUCAGGUUUUCCUGCAGUUUGAUGCUUUUGAUCUUCAGCCUUCCUCAGACUGUACCUCUGACUACAUCAGAAUUUAUGAUGGAAGCAGCAGGAAUUCCAGUGUCUUACUGGACAAGUUGUGUGGGAUGGGGUCCUUACCCUCAUUGGUGGCUUCUAGAAACAUGAUGCUUGUAGAGUUUGUGAGCGAUGAGGCUACUGCAGCAACAGGUUUCCAAGCCUCCUAUAGCCAGGUGAAAUGUGGAAGCACUUUGACGGGCACAAGUGGAGUGAUCACCUCCCCGAACUACCCCAACAGGUACCCCAAAAACCAGGACUGCUUCUGGAUCAUCAGUGCUCCAGCAGAUCGCAAGAUAUCUCUAACAAUGGUCUCCUUUGAGCUGGAGGACAUUGAUGACUGUAAGUAUGACUAUUUGCUUAUUCAUGAUGGGAGCCGAUCCACAUCUCCAGCUGUUGGCCCAUACUGUGGAACAAUGCAGAUUGCAGACUUUACCUCCUCGGAGAACUUUGUGCUGGUAGAAUUUCACAGCGAUUUUGCUUGGGUGUUUCCUGGAUUCAUGCUGAACUACACUUUUGGUAAGUCUAAUUGCAAAAAUUUAGGGAGGGCUGGUGAAUUUUCAUGUUGAUAAAAGUGUGAGACUAGUUUGUUUUGGGCUAAGUUAUUAUUUUACUGCUCUAAAAGUGUACAUUGUGAAUCACACACAAAUAAAGGACAAUGUCCUUGAUCUUAGGCCCAGGUCCUCAAGGUAUUUAGGCACUCAACUAAAUACUUUUGAGGAUCUGGGUCCAACAGUUUAAGGGCCCUCUCAGAUACGAGCAUGUAGUUAUAACCUGCCCAUCACCAGGGCAGGGGCAUA